AAUACGAGUCUAGAAUUGAAUGUUGUUUUCCAGUGUUGUCUCGAUUUCUCAAUAAUACAAACAAUUAUAAUAUGUUUACUAUAUAUUGAAUGAACUGUUAAUUGCAUUCACUUUGAAAUACAUUUAGUGUUUUGUAUUGAUUAACAUUUUGAUAGUAAUUAUCAUAACAUUUGAUGAACGCAUACAAUGGUAUAUAACAACACGCGUCACGCGCUUAUACCUGUGAUGGGCCACAAAAUAGCAUUGAAGACAAUAGAGUUAGUGAAUGACCAGCGAGUGGUGAUCGGUCGGGAAAAGUCAUGCGACCAACGCAUCGACUCUAUUGAAGUGUCCCGACGUCACGCUUAUGUCACUCAUGAAGAUAACAAUUGGUUUAUCACUGACUUAGAGAGUACAAACGGAUUGUUCAUAAAUAGCAUAAAACUGAUCGCUUUUACGCCAUAUUGUCUGCAAAGUGGAGAUAAAAUAUCGUUUGGACCGUUAGAUCAAUCGGAGAUCAUCUUUAAAUAUGUGGACAACUAUUGUAACGAUAAAAAUGUGAUUAAGAAUAACAAUAGUAGUCAUGCAGUGAAAAGGAAAAUGAGUGGCGAUUGUGACCAUCAAUUAAGUCAUUUGGUGACCAAACGUGUCUGCACCGAGUGGUCAGACCUAUUGGAUUCGGAACUCUGUUGCGCCAUAUGUAGUGAAUUGUUUGUGUUUGCUGUGUCUCUCAACUGUGGUCACACUUUUUGUUUGUCAUGCAUUGAACAAUGGAAACACUCAAGAGAUGGUCUCAAACCAAGACAUGACGACGGAAAUGAAGAGUCGACCACUUCUCACGAAACACAUUGCUGUCCCGUAUGUCGCCAAGAGAUCACUUCACAGAACAGAGUUCUAGUAUUGGACAAUACCAUCGAUCACAUCAUUGAGAAGUUGUCGCCCAAACUGUUUGAAUACCGAAAACAAUUAAUUGCUGAAAGAAAACAAUUGUAUUUCAGCUAAUUAUUUAUGCCAUUCAAUGGAUCCUUCACUUCAUUAUUCAAUACAUCGAUUUCAUCAUUUUGUUUAUACUGUAUUAUUAUAUAUAGCAUUACUUUCAUAUUAUAUAUAGUUCUCUAUUAUUUAUCUCAGAAAUAAUAUUUAUUAUUUAUUUGUCAUUUGUUUGUCAAAAUUACAUUAUUACAUAA